CCAGCAGCCGGUCGCGCCCCCCUGGCCGGCGGGCCCUCCGCGCCCAGUGACUCCAGGACCACGGCCGCGGCAGGGCGGAGCGGCAGCGAGCAGCAGCGAGAAGCGACCUGAGGACGCCGUCGACGCCGUCGUCGUCAGGAACCCCCCCUGCUCGCCAUGGACACGACCAGGGCCUGCGUCCUGGCGCUCGUCGUCGUGAUCCUCGCCAUCGUCGUGGCGCCCGCCCCGACCGACGAGCAGCCCCCGGCCGGGGACGAGAAGACCGCGCAGGUGCAGCAGCUGGACGGCGCGCGGGACGCGCGGGCCACCGCUCGCGCCGGGACCGGGAGUAAGCCCUCGCCCGCCAUGGAUCUGGCAGGAGCCCUCACCGGGGCGCUGUCGGGCAUCCUGCUCCGCGGGGCCGCGGGCGCGGCCGCGGGCGGCGGGGUCGCGGACACAGCCGGCCUGCCCGCGCUCGUCGCGCGUAACUACAAGAAGAUGGCGCAGACCAUCCUGCCGCUGCUCGUCGGCUUCAAGGCCACGGGUCUGCUCGUCAUCGCCAUGGCCGUCACCAAGUUCGUGCUCCUCAAGGCGCUGUUCCUGUCCACGACGGCGCUCUUCGUCGCCGCCCUGGUGGCGCUCAAGAAGUUCCUCUCGUCCGGGCAGCCGCACGACAUCCCCGCCGUCUACACGUACCAGCACCAGGACCUGUCCCACGUGCCGUACCUGCACCACGCCGGCGCCGAGUACAUGGACGCCGCGUCCCAGAUGGCCGUCCCGCAGGUGACGUACAUCGGCGGCUCCUACGGGCUGCAGAGCGUCCCCUACGCGGCGACGGCCGGCGCUGCCCUGGGCGCCGCGGGGCUCGGGGCGACCGGCCAGGACGACGCCCAGGGCCUGUACUCGGCCCACCACAACAGCGUGGCCGCCCUGUCGCAGCUCCAGCAGCUGCAGCAGCUGCAGCAGCAGGCGCUGCUCGCGGGAAACGCGACCCAGCAGGCUGGCCACCAUAUGUUGAGACGCAGGCUGAGCGACACGUAUCGUGAUGUUGCAGCCCCCCACGGCGCGACCGCGCUGAGCUUGCACCGGCCCACGAGAACAGAGGCGAGACCGGUGUGACGACGACGGCAGACGCUCCCAGGGGUCGUCGAAUGUGAAGAAGUCCUAGUCUUUAUGAUUUACUUAAUUUAUUUCCAUGUUUGGAUUGUAAUUUAUUUAUUAGGUAUUAAUAAAACGAAAGAAGGCUCAA